CGGCACCUGUGCGGACCGUCAUUAAUCAACUGACAUAUGCUUCUAGGCUACAUAUACCACUUCCUGGGAUGGCACUAACGACCCCUCACUUUGCCAUCGAGCUCGACGUUAAACAAUGAACAACGCUGGACUGUCCCUCGUCUUCAGCGCUCUCGUAGCAACAGUGGCAGGUCAGGUCACGUGUCCGGACAGCUGGACGCAUUAUGGGUCCUCUUGCUAUGCCUUCUACAACAUGAAGGCCAACUUCAUUGAAGCAUCGAGUUUAUGCUCAUCAUUCGGUGGUUCCUACCUGGCGGAGAUCGAGACAGAGGGAGAGAACCUGCACAUUAAGGCCUACAUGCAGCUCCAGAAUACGGACGGGGUGGACGGGGUGUGGCUGGGGGGUAACGACAUCAUGUCGGAAGGUCUGUGGGUGUGGGACAAGUCAGAGACAUCUAUUCAAUACUUUGACUGGGGCAGCGGACAACCGGAUGACAGUGGCAGCAAACAGAACUGCAUGAGCCUAUGGAAACACUUCGCCUUCAAAUGGGCCGAUCAUUAUUGCACCGAUAAGCUUGCAUUCCUCUGUGAACAGCCAGCAAAAUAGACCAGAGACGUCAAGUUUGGAAUUCCUCACCAGAUACCGUCUACCAUGUGGAUGCACAACACGUCUGAAUGUAAAUUGAAAUAAAAGAUUGAAACAAGAAAAA